CCGAAAGUCUUCUCUAAUUAUUCUUCUCGACAAGAUCUUGAUAUUAACUAGAACCUGCGAAAGGACACGUCCUCCAACCCGACGAUUUGGCAGCUUGGUUGAUCAGUCGACCUCGAGAUGGGAGUCACUUUGUUUGAGCCGCCUCCGCGAGAUCCUUCAAAAUCUGCGAUUGAAAGCAUCCUAGACCUCACUCCUGUUACUGACAUUGGCCCAGAUGUCUUCACCAACACCCGUCCGCUCUGGCACCCGCCGGGAGCGCGCGGAAUAUACGGCGGUUCUGCCAUAGCACAAUGCCUCGCAGCUGCACAGCUCACUGUCCCACCCGAUUUUCUACCCCAUAGCAUGCAUUGCUAUUUCGUCCUAUCCGGAGACUCGUCGCUUCCGAUCUUAUACCACGUGGAGCGGGUUCGCGAUGGGAAGAGCUUCGCAACGCGCACGGUGCAGGCCAGGCAGCAGGGUCGGCCGAUUUUCACCACUACUCUAAGCUUCGACCGCGAGGGCAGCGGCGGAGAGCAUCUCGUUAAGCACGAGACCCCUAUACCAAAGGGUUAUAAAUUUCCGGAUCAGAAUGAUGAAACUCCCGGAAGAGGCCCAUUUGAAUCAAGACGCAUUGAUGUUGGUAAUUUACCGUCCCGACCUGAGGAAAAGGCUGUCCUGCAGUGGGUCCGGGCGCGAGGUAAGAUCUCCGAGGAAGGCGGACUUCCAGCACAUUUGUCUGCGUUGGCAUACAUGUCAGACAGCUAUUUCAUUGGUACGGUAGCGCGGGUUCAGAGCAUUCCCAGAUUCUCAUCGCCACAAGCGUUGAAGAAUACACUAUCCGCUUUGAAAAACCCGUCAGACCUUGAUGAACAAAGCAUUACCAAGUAUCUUAAGGAUCUCGCCGACCAAGAAGCCCGUGAGCUUGCGUCGAAAGACACAGCCGCCGGUGACUCACAAGCUCUCAUGGUCCCAAAAAGAGAAAUUGGCAUGAUGGUCAGUCUGGAUCAUACCAUCUAUUUCCACGAUCGCCGUCGUUUCCGGGCCGAUGAUUGGAUCUUCACAGAGAUGACCAGCCCUUGGGCUGGUGAGGGCAGAGGACUUGUGAUGCAGAAAAUGUGGGCCCGUGACGGGACCUUGAUUGCUACAUGCGUGCAAGAGGGUGUUGUUCGCCUCAAGCAGGAUAAGCGGGCCAGUAGCAGCAAGCUAUGAGGCUGUUGUAGUCAUGCCUUCGCAAGUAUCAAGAUACUUAUGCGUUAUAUGAUUUCACUUGUUUAUAUUAUAGACACUAUAUACCUUGAGCCUCCAGAUAGGAGAAGAACCUUUGGAUAUUCGUUUGGAUGUAUUAGACAUACAUGCCCCUUCGAUGAGUGGGCUUGGGCUUAUCUCUGCCGAUAG